GCGAUUUGAGAACAGCUGAUUAGGUUGUUGUUUACAAAGUUAUCCUGUUUAAUUACUUAAUAACGAACAUACACUCACCAGAAAAUCAAUAAACAUCUUCAACUGGCACACAUGUACAUAUAAGAAACGACAUACCGUAACGAACUUCGAUAGAAACGACUAGUAACGAAGUAGAAAUGAAGCAAAGAUUUUUUGGCCCUCGGGCUCAGUUACUGAGCAGCGAGCUAUGGCUAAGAACUUAGGUUGAUAUCCUUGCCAGCCUUGACACAUAUAUCAAUUACUGAACCAGUAUUGCUACUAGACUAGCAUGAGGCUGAUUUCACUUGUGCUGCGGGCUAUAUCACGCAGUGACGCACGACCUUAUGUUCAUAAGGUGUCAGACCGGCCACUGCUGAACUGUUGAAGUCCGUUUGCUGUCUGUAAAGAACUGUUGGCUUGAAAAUGACUACGGUAAAGAAGAUCAUAGAAUGUGUGCCGAAUUUCUCGGAGGGAAAGAAUCAAGAGAUUCUGCGAGCGAUCGCCGACGCGAUCAGGGCCGUCGCUGGCUGCACCGUUCUCGACGUUGACCCGGGAGAAUCGACCAAUCGGACGGUGUUCACCUUCAUCGGUUCGCCUGAACGCGGUGCGCAUCCUAGGAUGGGAGCCUUGGACGUGUGUCCCUUCGUCCCCGUUAAGAACGGAGCGAUGGAUGUUGCACAGCAGUGUGCGAAGGAAUUCGGAUCAAAGCUGCUGACGAACUCAGCGUGCAGACGCGUGCAUUCCUCUGUUGCACGUGAACAUAUCCUUUCGAUAUCCUGCUAUCCCCGAUCCUAUCCUGCUCUUCCAGUCUUCCUGUAUGGCUAUUCGUCAAAACAGGAUUACAGGAAGACGAUGCCACAGAUACGCUCCGGAGAAUACGAGGGACUCAAGGAUAAGCCGGCGCGAAGAAAAGCGUACGGUCUCAUCGACAUGUCGAAACACUCCGGUGCGCAUCCUAGGAUGGGAGCCUUGGACGUGUGUCCCUUCGUCCCCGUUAAGAACGCGACGAUGGAUGAUUGCACACAGUGUGCGAAGGAAUUCGGAUCAAAGCUGGCUGACGAACUCGACGUGCCAGGUAACAGAAAUACUUAA